AUGGCGAAACAAGGACGAAAACUAAGGAAUCGCUCACCGAUUUCUACCAGAUCUGAAGCGGAUAUCUCCGCAACGAAGUAUAAUGCUGGAUCUUCUUCUCCAGCUGAGCCGGAAGUCAUUGCGAUAUCGAAUCCUCACGGAUCUGCGAAUCGCGGUAUUUCUGGUACGAAUACGAACGGCUUGGAAUCCUUUGAUAAUGUUCAUAGUCCAUACUUCCUUCAUUCCGCUGAUCAUCCUGGUCUAUCUAUAGUCUCUCAUACUCUUGAUGGUUCGAACUACAAUAACUGGUUUAUUGCGAUGAGGAUAAGUCUCGAUGCGAAGAACAAACUUGCGUUCGUAGAUGGAUCUCUUCCUAGACCAGAUGAAUCUGACAGUUUGUUCAAAAUAUGGAGUCGGUGCAAUAGUAUGGUUAAAUCUUGGGUGUUGAAUGUGGUUAGUAAGGAUAUCUAUGAUAGUAUCCUUUACUGCGAAGAUGCGGCUGAAAUGUGGACAGAUCUGCAUUUGCGCUUUCGUGUGAAUAAUCUGCCACGGAAAUAUCAACUGGAACAAGCUAUCUACACAUUGAAACAAGGUCAUCUUGACUUGUCUUCUUACUAUACGAAGAAGAAGACAUUGUGGGAACAACUUUCCAACACUAAGACUCAUUCAGCUAAAAGAUGCAACUGUGAUUAUGCAAAGGAGUUGUUGGAUGAAGCGGAAACUAGUAAGAUCAUUCAAUUUCUGAUGGGGCUGAAUGACAACUUUGCUAACAUCCGUGGUAAUAUUCUGAAUAUGAGACCUCGCCCUAGUUUACCUGAGAUUUAUAACAUGUUGGACCAAGAUGAAAGCCAGCGUUUAGUUGGCAUGAACAACCGUGUUGCUCCUGCACCAGCUGCUUUUCAAAUCCAGGAAACGGAUCUCCCUGAUUCUUCUCAAAUCCUUUUGGCUCAAGGCGGUUUCAAGAAACCAAAAUGUUCACAUUGCAACAAACUUGGUCAUACGGUUGAUCGCUGUUACAAAGUUCAUCAAAUGUCGACUAGUAUUGAACUCAUAGAUAUGCUCACAAUAUUUGAAAUUUUGAUUUUCUUAAGCCUCCAAUUUCUUUUUAAUGGAUUUUAA